AUGGUGGGUGAACCUGAGCGCGGCAGGUGCGGAGGGGCCCUGCCUCCCCUUGCUCUCAUUGACUGGCGUCUUCGAACGAAGGCCCCGCUGCUAUCCACGAGCCACCCCCACCCUGAGAACAGUGAUGACCUUUCUGAGGCCUCAGAUAAGGCCUCUGCUUCCUCCCUCCUUCACCUCGUUUUAAGCCCGCUGGUGCCCGAGAACCUGCUGAAGAAGCGGAAGGCCUACCAGGCCCUGAAGGCUACGCAGGCCAAGCAGGCGCUGCUCAACAAGCGCAAGCACCAAAAAGGGAAACAGAUCCAGUUUAAACGCCUGGAGACUUUUGUUCGAGAUUCAUGGCGCAAACACCGAGACGAGGUCCGGCUGCGGCGCAUGAAGCAGAGGCCUGGAGGGGUGGCUGUACCUCAGGACCACAAUCUGGCCUUUGUUGUACGGAUUGUAGAGAUUAAGGGAGUGAGUCUGAAAGUACGAAGAGUGAUUGAGUUGCUUCGAUUGAGAAAAAUUUUCAGUGGAACAUUUGUCAAACUGACUCCACAGUCUCUGAAGAUGUUACGGAUUGUGGAGCCUUAUGUAGCAUGGGGAUACCCUAAUCUCAAGUCUGUACGAGAGCUCAUUCUGAAACGGGGUCAGGCCAAGAUUAACAAAAAGAGGGUCCCUCUGACAGACAACGUGUUGAUAGAGGAACAUUUAGGUAAGGAGAGAGAUAAGAAAAUAAAAUGA